AUGUUCUUCGGGCCCCAUGAUCCAUUUGUCCAGACGCUUGUGGAAAAGGCCGUCGGGGAGGUGAAGCGUGCAUCAACUGAGUUUGGCCUGCCUUGCGAACAUAAUAGCCUUUCCAUGCGCAAGCAUAAGAAGGUGCUGAAAACUACCCUUCUGAACCUCGCCAGGCUCUCCACUCUUCUUGCACCAGUAGGAAUAUCAAUCCGAUUCCUCAACCAUUUGUGGGGUUGCAACGGUGACUCCGACAAUCUAUUAACUGCCGAAGCAGUUGAAGGGCAGUUUUCGGAAGUCUGGUUCUACGGCUUCUCAAAGUUGGGCACGACCCUAAGCAAGAAAAUCGUGCAGCCUAUGAUAAUUAAAAAGGCUGAAGAGCGUACGCUUAAAAGGCCCGUGAUUACAAUGAUCAUUACGGAUGGGGAGCCAUCCGGUGAGAGACGCGAAACACUAAGGGACACCAUCCAAUCCUGCAAACAAUCUAUGGCUCUCCAGUCGUACGGUAAAGCUGCCGCGGUCUUCGUUGUCUCUCGAAUUGGGAAUAGUACGGAUGCAGACAAGUUCAUCGGGGAGCUCCAAAGCGACAAAACCAUAGCGGAUAUGACCUAUUGCUCUAGAGAGGCUCUGGAUGAACAACAAGAGGUGUUUAAACAAUGUGGGGAUAACAAUAGAUACACAGGCCGGGUAUGA